AUGUAUAUCGCUGCGUGUUGGUACCGGCUACCGGUCAGCUUCGAGACGUAUCCGUGCGACACCUGCGGCAGACAGUACCGAAGGAUCAUAUCGUUGCAACGGCACAAGAGGCUCGAGUGCGGCAAGGAGGCGCAGUUCGAAUGUGUCCUGUGCCACGCGAAGUUCAAGCACAAGCACAGUUUGCUGAGACAUUAUAAUGUUCACGUGGCAGAUGUGAAGUCCUCCAACGACCUGAAACGGAGAUACAUCGUCUCGAAGCGACCAGGUUACUGGCGACAGCUGCACCCGCAAGAGAGGCACGCGAUUAUCCAGGAAACAGGAGCACCGUCGACGGUGAUGACGAAGAACUGUGCCAUCUUGGAGCCGGUUCUCACAACUCGCGGCCAGUUGAUGUACAAGUGUCCAAACUGUGGUCGGCACUACAUGCGGAAGUCCUGUCUGAAGCGACAUUUGCGCGUCGAAUGCGGCAAAGCGCCGAGAUAUCAGUGCAAUAUAUGCCAGGGAUGGUUCAAGUACAAGUACAACUUGGCGGCGCACAUGAAACUGCACUUCGAGGAGCCAAAGUAUCACUGCGACCUCUGCCUGAAGAAAUUCUACAGACGCGACAAACUGGUGGAGCAUCAGAAAAAAUUACACAAAAUUUUCCCUGUUACGUUGCUGGUAGAUGGUACUGGAACAGUAGUUUAUCCGUGUCUGACUUUUUCAGGUGGAGAUGAGGCGAGCGAGAACAAGAUGGUGACUGAGGAGAACGCAGACCUUCCGGUGCAGGCGUGGAAGAUACAGGAGCAGGGGCUGCCGUUCGCCGAGCUGAAGAUACCGAAGGCGUACAAUUACGUCGGGAAGAAGCCUCCUGGACAGUUCGGUUGCAGCAGGUGCGGAAGAUCCUACAUGAGGAAGGACUCAUUGCAGCGACACGUCCACUGGGAGUGCGGCAAGGAGCCACAGUUUCAGUGCCCGUUCUGCCCGCAGCGAUGCAAGCGGAAAGCCCACUGGUUGAGGCACAUCCGUCGCCAGCACAUCGACAAAAUGGGCGACAUGGAGUCCUAUCUGCUCGCCUACACGCCGAAACUCGAGAUCGACUGA